GUAGUGGUUUGUUUUGAACAAUGAAAAUGUCAUUUGAAGACAUUGUGUUUGUGAAGCAGAUACAAUAGUGGGUUUACACCCUUCUGGUUAACAUGUACGCUGAAUCAAAUCGAUGGAAUAUUUGUGUAUGAAUAUUUGUUCGGGAUAUACUAUUUUCUUCUAGUGAAAAUGGCCUGAUGGUAUGUCAUGUUGCAGAAAUGUAUAAUAAUUUGGGAGCUCAGCCUGGGUUGUCAGGACCACCUCCGAACCCACAGCGAAAUCCAUUUGGGAAUGCAUUUGUUGGAGCUGGUUCAGGACUCAUAAGAGGUGGACUAGGUGCUUAUGGAGAGAAAAAUUUAGGAUCAAGCUCCGAGUAUGUGCAAAGCAAUAUAACUAGGUACUUCUCUGAUCCCCAAUACUAUUUUCAAGUUAAUGACCAUUACGUAAGGAACAAAUUGAAGGUUGUUCUCCUUCCAUUUCUGCACAGGGGCCAUUUGACAAGGAUAACAGAGCAUGUGGGGGGAAGGCUUUCCUAUAAGCCACCAAUUUAUGAUAUAAAUGCUCCAGAC